AUGGAAUCUGGUGCAGAGUCGCUGGAUAACAGGCUGGAUACCAGUUUUCUCGUUGUGACGGGGGCCUUUCAGAUCGUCUUUGCGUGCAGGCUGGUAUACUCUGGGGUGCGCCACCGAGGCUACCUGCUGUCUGCGGCCCGAAGCAUCUUGAAAACUGUGGGACGGUCAUUCAAGCGACCCAAGCUGGCUGACGAUGAGCGGCUCGUGAUGGAACAAGUGAGCCAGGUUCGUUUACAGAUAGCUCGCUGGUAUGUCAGAUGUACGUGCAUUAUGCUUGGACUGUGCCUGUGCCUUGUUCAGCGGAAUGUGCUACUGGACAGGCAGUUGCCCACUCGACUGCCAGCCAUUCUGAGUUGGUCCUGGGCAGGGGUCUUUUGCAUCUGUACUGCUGUGGAUGUUUUUGAGGCUGUCCUUUCCGUGCGAUAUCUGGACAUGUACUACAUGCUGGCCACACUUGUCUGGGCAGCGCAUCUAUCUCCAUGGCAUGUGACACCUGAACGAAGCGCAGAGAUCUCCCUCUUCAUUCUUGGCCUCGGCCGUGUGCCCGCCGUCGGUAUUGCUACAUCCCCGGUCGUGGUUGCCGCAUGCAGCCUCUUGCCAUUGCUAGUGGUGCUAAUCCGUGCAAGCACGGAAGCACUGCCACCAGCAGCACUUUUUGCAGAAGCAUGCGGCUUUGUCGCUACGGUGUGUGCAUCCGCGUCGUUGCAGCUACUGUUGCGUUACCGGAUUGAGCGCAGUCUGCAGUACAAGAAGAUGGAAACUGACUUCAAUGCUGCAUCAUCUCUUCUGCACCUGACUUGCGACGCCGUGGUCGAGCUAGAUGCUGAUCUGCGAAUGACGGAGCACAAAGCCUCGUUGUCUGCUAUGCUGCUCCGGUGCAGGUCAGGAGGAACUUUGGCUGGCACGGACUUCACGGACUUGCUUGCAGGUGCUGCCGAGGCCGGCCGUGUUGUGGAGCUGCUGCGGCGCUUCGAAGAUCGUCCCCCUGAGAGCGUCAAUGCCCAGGCCUUUCUGACACACCUCAUGGACAGCGACUCCAAUAGGUUUCGCACGGAAGUUUUUCAAGUGAUGUAUCACACCCCGCAGGGUGUUGCCAGGCACCUCAUUGGCCUCCGCGACGUUACAGACCAGGACUCCUUGGUAGGCAGCAAAGUCGUCGAGAGCUUGACCAUUCCCCCUCGCUCUAUCACGCCCAUGUCUGCGGGGAUAUGCAGUUCCCUUGGCUCAAAGCCGACUGCGCGUGCAGCGCCACCGCAGACCGGUGCUGUUGCUGAAGACAGGUUUCUUUCGCUUCUAAUCGACAUGGACCUUCAGAUUGUCCAGGCAUCAUCACAGCUGUUUUGCCUGGGGAAGCAUCCGGCCACCUUGUUUUCUGCGGCUGGAGUGGAGCUUCUGGAGCGGAGUUGGCAUGAAAUGGAGACUGGCAGCUCUGCUUUGUCUUUCUCGGCGUUGGAGAUACGACUUGACACAGCAGAUGCGUGUGAUCUCAUCAGUGGCCGUUUGCAGGCAGUUCAAUCAACAAGUUGCUCUCGGAACCUGCUGCUGGUUUGCAUGGCGCCGCUGAGUCUUCGGAUGACUCCCGAAGGGAGCUCUCCAAAUGGCGAAGUCGAAACCGAAGAGGUUUCUGCUUAUUUUUGA